AUGGCACCAGGCGCGAUUUUCGAGACGCCCAAUGUGGCCGAAGACUUCAACAACCACCGCGAUGGCUCCGCUCUCGAGGCCACUUCAGACAUGAUCGACGAUGUCAACGUCCUCAAAGCAGCGAUGAAGGUGAAGAACGGCACUGCCACAAAAGAAGAGAAAGACAUUUACCAAGCCUCACAAUUCGACGCCGAGAAAGACAAGACACAGUUCAGACAAUACGAAGACGCCUGCGACCGCGUCAAGAACUUCUACCGCGAACAACACGAGAAGCAAACCGUCGCCUACAAUCUCAAAGCCCGAAACUCCUUCCACGCGAAAACCCGCGCCGAGAUGACCAUCUGGGAAGCCAUGGAGAAGCUCAACACGCUCAUCGAUGAAUCCGACCCAGACACAUCACUCUCACAAAUCGAGCACCUGCUGCAAUCCGCCGAAGCCAUCCGCCGCGACGGCAAGCCGCGCUGGAUGCAACUCGUCGGGCUGAUCCACGAUCUCGGCAAGCUGCUAUUCUUCUACGAAGCGCAAGGCCAAUGGGACGUCGUCGGCGACACGUUCCCCGUGGGCUGCGCGUUCGACAAGCGCAUCAUCUACCCGGACACAUUCAAGGGUAACCCAGACUACACGGACGAGAUCUAUUCGACUGAGCACGGCAUCUACACACCUGGCUGCGGCAUGGACAACGUGAUGCUGUCGUGGGGCCACGACGAGUACUUGUACCACAUUAUGAAGGAUCAAUCGACGAUUCCUGACGAGGGGCUGGCGAUGAUCAGGUAUCAUUCUUUCUACCCCUGGCACAAGGAGAAUGCGUAUCGGUGGAUGAUGAACGAGAAGGAUGAGCGCAUGUUGGAGGCGGUCAGGGCGUUUAAUCCGUAUGAUUUGUAUAGCAAGAGUGAUGAGGUGCCGAAGGUUGAGGAUUUGAAGGAUUAUUAUAGGGAUAUUAUUGAGGAGUAUAUUGGGUGGGAUAGGAAGAUCAAGUGGUAA